AUGAACGAAAGACAAAAGGCUGAAUUAGAAGGAAAUAAAGGAAAAAGUUUAUUUUGCAAGAUUUCACUUAAUGGAUCAUAUGGUUACGAUGCAAUGAAUACACAAAAUUACGCAAAGACUAAAAUAAUGAAUGCACAGAAGUCACGCGUUGCAUGUAUGUCAAAUAAGUUUAAAAACAUAAGAGAAAUAGGAGAGGAUACAUAUCAAGUGAUGCUUAAAGAUAGAUUUUAUAGAUGUGAUACAUGUUUACAAGAGGCAUUCUUCACUUUAGAUAAUGCUAAAUACUGGUAUUUGGUUUUCAUUUAUGAUUUUAUGUAUAAAUGCAUGAAUGUUAAUCGUUUUCAUUUCAUUGAAGGUGAUACUGAUUCAUCUUAUUGGGCAAUCGCUGGUGAUCCAAAUCUUCCUAACACUCAAGCAUUUCAAGCAAUUGUUACCGAUAAACAAUUUUAUGAUAAAAAUAUUUUCAAAUUCGCACCAUUUGAUUUCUUCUGUUUUGAUGAGAAAUUUAAACCUAAAUUAAAGAAUAAAGCUGAAGAAAAAGCACAUGAGAAGAAGUUAUUGGGUUUAGCAAUUGAGAAACAAGGCGAUAACAUGGUUGCUUUAUGUCCUAAGUGUUAUACAUCAUUCAAUGGUUCAAUUGAUGGAAGUGAUUUUAAAAAGAUUGCACAAAAAAUGAAAGGUGUUAGUUUACGACAAAAUAAGCAAUUAACACCUAAAAAUUAUUUGGAUAUAAUAAAUGAUAAAUUGAUAUUUGAUGGUCAGAAUAUUAAUUUACAACUUAAAAACGGGUCAAUGACUCGCUUAACAAUUGGUAAGACUGCAUUAACAGGAGCACACACUAAGGCUGUAUGUUGUGAAAAUGGAUGUUGUAUGCCAUUUAUUUAA